AUGGACACUAUCCGACCACGCAAAUUCAAUCCGCUAGUUAACCCGACUCAUUCGAGGCCAGUCCUUGUUGAAAACGAAUCCUCCUCCCCAAACCACAUAUUCCUAGCUCGCCCAUUACUAGGCCCUCUCCUCUUCGAAAAUACAGCAUCCGACGCUCGCGACCACCUCGCCAAUGAGCGCACAUUUCUCUCUUGGCUCCGACUCUCCAUCUAUCUAGCCAUAGUCUCCUCCGCAAUUCUGAUUUCCUUUCAUCUCACCUCAAUACCCACUCAACUCGAACGAUCUAUUGCUCUACCUUUGGGCAUCGUGUUUUGGUGCAUGAGUCUGGCCUGUCUUGCGAGUGGGUUUGGGCUGUAUGUCACCACUGUGAAGAAGUAUAGUCGGAAAGCGGCGUUGGUACAGAGUGGGUGGAAGACGCAGGCGAUAUUUGGGGUUAUGGCGACUGUUAUUAUUGGCUGUUGUAUUUUGUUUCUGGUAACACAGUCCAAGAAUACUUGA